GGCAGUGGGAGAGAGACUUGGCAUGGCAAAUGCAAGCCAGUGAUCGUCGUGAACGCACCUAUACGCGCUCGUAGUACUUUUUUGUUGAGACCAUAACCUGCGCUCGUGCCAUCCGCGUAUCGUGUGAAGACGCAUGAAUAUACAUGCAUAUACCAUCAGCUGAAGGUUCUACAUACUCGUACUUUGUGGUGUGCCAAAUGGGACUGGGAGCUUUGGAAGUGAAAUUAAAAACCCAAACCGAAACAGUAUUCAGUUCCUCCAGAGCAAAUUAACCAGAAAGUGUAGUUUAAGCAAGUGCAAGUUUUGCGGAGAGUACACACUCCCGAUUGGCAGGCAAAGCUCCAUUCGACUGAUAAAUAAAUCUCCAUAAGACAAUAAAUAUUGAGACCCGGCUGAAUACCCUCCGGAAUACACAAUAAUCAGCUGCGAAUACUGUGCUGAAGUGCGAAAUUGGCCCAGAUUGGAUUAACCAAAAGGAUACAUAGACAACCCGAGUGGCCAGACACAAACACGUAACAGCUAGCAAGUCGAUCUGUGACGAAAGCGGGAGAGAGCUAGAGCUAGAGCUAGAGAUAGAGAUAGUCGCGACGUAACCGUUACGCUUGGGUGCAAGCCCCGGUGCUUGCUGCAUUGGCUAAUUUGCCCCAUUUCGAGUGUCUGAGCGCGAGUGUCAGUUGUGAGUGCGAGAGCAUUGUGACUUCGAUUUGCGAGUGCCACUGGACCCCUAACUCCCACCCCCCCUCUGCAAUGCGGGCAAGCGACUUUGCUUGCGGCCGCCUGCUGGUGGCCUUGCUCUUGCAUUGCCUGGUGGCCCUGCAGGUCUGCGGUAGGGCCGGUGCCUUCACCCUCCUCUCGCCCUUCAGCUAUAGCUCGCUGAGCUUCAAGAACCUCCUGAACUCGGUGCUUCUUUCGAGCAACGCAAACCUGGCCGGUGGGGGCAGGAACCUCAAGUCCGACGUGCUCGAGGACGCAUCCCUCAUAACGCCCAAAUUAAUACGCAAAUAUGGCUAUCCAUCGGAGACACACACCGUGGUAACCAAGGAUGGCUAUAUCCUGGAAAUGCACCGCAUUCCAAAGAAAGGCGCCCAGCCAGUGCUGCUGAUGCACGGCAUACUAGACACUUCGGCUACGUGGGUUCUCAUGGGCCCCAAAUCGGGAUUGGGUUACAUGCUCUCCGACCUGGGCUACGACGUCUGGAUGGGCAACUCACGGGGCAACCGGUACUCGAAGAACCACACCAGUCUUAAUAGCGACUACCAGGAGUUCUGGGACUUCACCUUCCACGAGAUGGGAAAGUACGAUCUCCCGGCGAACAUCGACUACAUACUGAGCAAGACGGGCUACGAGCAGCUGCACUACGUCGGGCAUUCCCAGGGCACGGCCAUCUUCUGGGUGCUCUGCUCGGAGCAGCCCUCGUACACUCAGAAAAUUACCUCGAUGCACGCGCUAGCCCCCAUUGCCUACAUCCACGACAUGAAGAGUCCCCUCUUCCGGACCCUGGUUCUCUUUCUCGACUUUCUAACAGCCGCCACACGAAUGCUGCGCAUAACGGAAUUCAUGCCCAACACAAAAUUCCUAGUGGACCACAGUCAGGUUGUUUGCCACGACAAUGCCAUGACGCAGGACGUCUGCUCCAAUAUCCUAUUUCUGGUGGCCGGCUACAACUCAGAGCAGCUUAACAAAACCAUGCUACCCGUGAUGCUGAGCCACACGCCCUCGGGAGCCUCUAUCAAGCAGCUGGAGCACUUUGGCCAACUGAUGAAGUCCGGGCACUUCCGCAAGUUCGACCGUGGCUACCUGAGAAACCAGUUAGAGUACAACCGGGUCACGCCGCCGGACUAUGACCUGUCGAGGGUUAAGGUUCCAGUGGCCCUCUACUAUUCGGUGAACGAUCUACUGGUGUCCACCACAGGGGUGGACCGCCUGGCCAGGGAGCUGCCCAACGUGAUCGACAAGUACCUGGUGCCCAUGGAGCGCUUUAACCAUCUGGACUUUUUGUGGGCCAUCGACGUUAAGCCGUUGGUCUACAAUCGCCUAGUAAGGAACAUCCGGCGCGUGGAGAAUCACAAGGCAAAGCUGACGGCCAAUCUGGCCAGCUUUUUGGCCAUGCAGCUGCAACGGCAUCAACUGCAGAACCAAAUUCAAAUCCAGAUGUCGCAGCUUCCACCCAACGUUCACCUCCCCCACGGCCUUGGCAUGGAACUGAUCGCGAGUGUAACAGACCCCGCACCGACGACAGCAGCCACAGCCACAGCCACAACUACCCCGGUCACGACCACAUCCGUGGAGGACGUGCUGGAGGUCAGCACCACAUCGGAACUGUACGCGUGAGUUUGACGGCAAGCAGCAGCAUUCUCUCUCGCUCCAAUUUCAUAUGACUGUGAUGACAUUUUAACAAUUUACGCUCCAAUCGCACCUUCUCUGUCCACGACCGCAUGGACCCCAAUCCAUCCACUCAGGCACGCCCAGCCUAGGCGCUACUUCAUUCCCAAUCACCCAAUGAACGGAACCUGAAUCCCCAUGUACCGACUCGAAUGCUGUAAAUUUGUAUCCACAUUUUUGGUCCAGAUUAAUUUACAUCACGAUUGUGCAUCCCAUUUUCUUUGCUACCCUUAAUACUUUAAUUUAUGUGUACAAAUUUAUGAGCAAGUCGAAACGUAUGUUUAUGCUAAAUAAUAAAAAAUAUUUU